UGUGUAUAGCCGGCAUUAUAGCUCUAUCUCAUGUAGAACUCUGUGCUACUUACUUCAACACAAUACGUUUUGAUGAUAAUAUAAUGACAGUAUAAAAUAGUAGUAGUCCUUCUACUUAAUCUAGUGUUUACACUUUAAUACUCGGCUUGUGAUAAGUUGUAUGUAUCUAAUGUAAAUUUGAUUAAGAAAAUUAAUUAAAAGCCAUUUUACUUUUAAAUAAUUCAGUGAAAGUGAAAGAAAUUACUGCUUACACUGUUUACUUGUGUUAGUAAUUUUAUUCAGCUAAACUGUAUAGUAGAUAAUACACUCAAAUAAGCUUCAUCGGUAAUUGAUUUUUACCAAUAAAAAAGCUAGGAACUGGGAAGUGUGAAUAAUACACAAAGUGAAAAUAAGCAGAAGUUGCCUUCUGAAUUAUUGUGUGUUACGAAAUAAUUUAUAGUUGGCGUUGUAACCUUUAGAAACUUAUAGUUGAGUAUAGACAUGAGAGAACUGUAAUCACGUAUACAUCAGAUAAUAAACAGAUCAACAUGCAAGUUGCAGUUGCUAGUACUUCUAAAGUGAAUGUUGUUGAUCAUGAUGAUUUUACUUAUCUGUGUCGAAUAUGUGCUGUCAAAACACAUAAUAUUAUACCACUGUUUAGUAAAGAUGGUGAUGAUCAACACUUGGUUGAGAAAAUUAACAAGUAUCUACCAAUUAAGGUAUGCAAUGAUGAUUUAUUGCCAGCAGGAGUAUGUGAGCAGUGUUCAAAUGCUGUGUUAGCCUGGCAUGAGCUAGUUGAGUGCUGUGUCCAAGCAGAUGUUUCAUUUCAAAAUAGGCUUGCUCUGUCACAAAAACAGGGAUUAUCACAGUCAACACCAGGUAUACCGUCUAACUCAGAUCCAACACUCAAUGAAAAUGGAAUAAAGUCUGAGAGAAUGUCCGAAUACUUGGUGCGAAUCGUUCCAGCGCCGCUAUACACCGACACCGGCUUUGUUAUCAGUUCGACAGAGGCGAUAAGUAAGAGAACCGAUACUUGCCAUUUCAACAAACAGGACACUUUUAAAUUACUUGCAGACGUCAGUACUAUCUAUCCCGGGCAACAGUCUGAGACGGCCAAAGAACAGCUAAUGAAAGAACAAUUCGUCCACACCGAUACAGACGCUAACUGGACACACUAUUCAAAACAUAACACGUCAGACAAACAACCAUUAGAUUAUAAUAGUUUUGUCCAAACGAGAACUAAUAGCGUAGACGGAAGCAGCCAUAAUCGUGUUGUGCCCGAGUUUCCAUUACGAGUCAACGAUUCCAAUGAAGACACCAAUAAUAGUACGGAAACGAAAAAUAUACAAAAUAGUCCAAAUUCCCCGAUCUCUUGUGUCACCGAAGCGGCAUAUAUGUCAUGCACAGACAAGAUAAUCGACCGCUUUGAACAAAAUGAAUUUUCAGAUCAUAGCGAGACGGAAUCGUUCGCUCGCCUCUCCGAAUCUGUGUUCGAAGCGAUUGAGGAUACUCGAGACGGCAUUAUUGACAAGCCGACCGACGAGAUUAGAGUCAUAGAAAAAUCAAAGCGGACUCGGACUUGUCCCAUUUGUGGUAAAAUAUAUACGGCUUCCUCGAGUUACUUUUACCAUAUGAAACAUUUUCACCGGCACAGUAAAGAACACGGUUGUGACGUUUGCGGCAAGAAAUUCGGAACCCGCGGAGACCUCAAGCAGCACGCUGCCGUUCAUACGGACGAGUGUAAAUACGCGUGUCGAUCUUGCGAUAAGAAAUUUCGAUCGCGUGCCAGUUGGUACAUUCACGAACAAAUCCACGAGGGCGUCAAAAACUACAAAUGCUCCACGUGUGCGAAAUGUUUCCGAUGGCGGACGCACUUACAGCGGCACACGUUGCGCCACGCCGCCGAAAGGAAACACGAAUGUGCCGUGUGCGGACGGGGCUUCUCGGUUCACUGUGACCUCUUGCGCCACGCGCGGACGCACGCCGUGGGCAGCUAUGAGUGCGAGGAGUGCCGAGUGAAGUUCGCGCAAAUCAGGUACUUAAAGGCGCACAUCAGAAAGAAACACAGCGUUACUUCAACCGGCGAUAUUGGUUAAGCUACCGUUCAGUGUUAAUUCACGCUUCUAUAAACUAAGAAACUUGCGUGGUGAUUAAGUUGAAAAGAAACAUCUGACUCCGCAAUAUACAGCAUAUGUCAAUAUAAUAUU